GUGAAGCAUUUGCCUGCGUGCUGCGCUCUGCUCCGCUCACUGCUCUGACUGUGUGAGUGAGGGGAAAUCUGACUUGAGGCACGGCAUAGUGGGAGUCACUCUGUGCCACACCGGGAGUGCCUUUGGGAGAAGCGGGGGUUGUUUGCAGAGAGGUCAGUCAAGCGGUGCUUGAUGGAGGGGAAAUCAAGACAGGAGGAAGCAGAGAGCAGUUUUCAGCCCUUCUGAAUCUUUCAGAUGGGUGAUCCUCCAACAUCAAGCUGCCUGGAUGGAUUGAGAGAAAGAGUUGGUGCUGAGGUGUGCAUUCAGCAGGGACCAGCAGUGACAGAGGGACAGUAAGAGAAGGAAGCAGAGUGAUAGAGCACUGAGGUGAGCACCCUACAGACAGCAAACCCAGGAGGGAGAUGGGAGAGAAGCACUGUUGAAAAGAGGAAUCCUUCCCUACUAGAAGGAGCUGUAUGUGGCCCUGCUGUGGGUAAAGCUCUACUGAGAACCUCUGAUGUACAGAAGACCAGCAGGAAAGCACGGUGUAUAGCCAGAGGAAAGAGAGAGCGAGAGGGCACGAAGCUGGCUGGCUAAUCCCUAAACCCGUGAAGAACGAGGGAAAAGGGGAAGGAUAGAAGGCACAGAGGCAACACAAACAACAAAAGGGGUAUGUGUGAGCUGGCCUUUUCCUGGGUGCAUGUUUGUGUGUGAGGUGGCCUCAAUCUUUCCGCUACAACAUUUCAACCCAGCAUAAACUUCUCUGUGUCUGAAUAAGGUAAGAGGAGGACAAAAUCAGCUGUGCAUGACCAGCUUAUGUGACUGAAUUUGGACAGAAAGGGGCAGAAUUUGAAAAGAGGAAGGAAAGACUCAGCCUGCAGGGAUGUCAUCCAACGAGCUGAGCGUUGAGAUGGACUCCUGCAUCCGGACAUUCAAGGAGCACAUGCACCUGGAGCUGGAGCCUCCCAAAAUCCCUGGUGUGGUGGGAGGGAAGAGGGGUGCCACGUCCCCCAAGCUGUCCCCAAGAAGCUCCCCGCGCCUCUUCCGCAAGCUGAUGGUCAACAAGAGUAUCCGACAGAGGCGGCGCUUCACUGUAGCCCAUACCUGUUUCGAUGUGGAGAAUGGCCCCUCUGCCAGCUGCAGCCCUCUGGACCCUCAGGCCUCCCCCGGCUCUGGUCUCGUCCUUCACACUAACUUCCCCGGUCACAAUCAGCGCAGAGAGUCCUUCCUGUACCGCUCGGACAGCGACUAUGAUCUGUCACCCAAGUCCAUGUCACGAAACUCCUCCAUCGCCUCUGAACUACACGGUGAUGACCUGAUCGUAACGCCUUUUGCUCAGGUUCUGGCAAGCCUUCGAAGUGUGAGGAAUAACUUCACGGUACUGACCAAUGUCCAGUGUGCCUCCAGCAAAAGGUCUCCUGCAGCGACCACUCAGCCUCCAAUCACCAGAGUUUGUCUCCCAGAUGAGGCGUACCAGAAGCUGGCCAUGGAGACGAUGGAGGAGUUGGACUGGUGUCUGGACCAGCUGGAGACCAUCCAGACCUACCGCUCUGUCAGCGACAUGGCCUCCAACAAGUUCAAGAGAAUGUUGAAUCGGGAGUUGACGCACCUAUCUGAGAUGAGUCGCUCCGGGAAUCAGGUCUCGGAAUUCAUCUCCAACACCUUCCUAGACAAACAGAAUGAGGUGGAGAUCCCGUCACCAACAUCCAAGACGAGAGAGAAGAAGAAGCAGCAGAAGCAGCAGCUGAUGACACAGAUCAGCGGAGUCAAGAAGGUCUCCCAUGGGCCCUCGCUCUCUAGCAGCAGCAUCUCCCGCUUCGGCGUCAAGACCGAUAAGGAGGAGCUACUGUCAAAGGAGCUGGAGGACCUCAACAAGUGGGGCCUGAACAUCUUCACUGUUUCGGAAUACUCCCACAACCGGCCUCUAACCUGCAUCAUGUACGCCAUCUUCCAGGAGCGAGACCUGUUAAAGACAUUUAAGAUCCCCGUGGAUACGUUUGUGGCCUACAUGAUGACAUUGGAAGAUCACUACCAUUCAGAUGUGGCCUACCACAACAGCCUGCAUGCUGCUGAUGUAGCCCAAUCCACACACAUCCUCCUCUCCACUCCAGCCCUGGAUGCGGUCUUCACAGAUCUCGAGAUCCUGGCAGCCAUCUUUGCUGCAGCUAUCCACGAUGUUGACCAUCCUGGAGUAUCAAACCAAUUCCUAAUUAAUACCAAUUCCGAGCUGGCGCUAAUGUACAACGAUGAGUCUGUGCUGGAGAACCAUCACUUAGCUGUGGGAUUCAAGCUACUACAGGAAGACAACUGUGAUAUCUUCCAGAACCUAACGAAGAAGCAGCGACAGUCCCUGCGCAAGAUGGUCAUCGACAUGGUUUUGGCCACUGACAUGUCCAAACACAUGAGUCUGCUGGCUGAUCUAAAGACUAUGGUGGAGACCAAAAAGGUGACGAGCUCUGGAGUGCUGCUGCUGGACAAUUACACUGACAGGAUACAGGUGCUGCGUAACAUGGUGCAUUGUGCUGACCUGAGUAACCCCACCAAGUCCCUGGAGCUGUAUCGUCAGUGGACUGAUCGGAUAAUGGAGGAGUUCUUCCACCAGGGAGACAGAGAGAGGGAAAGGGGGAUGGAGAUCAGCCCUAUGUGUGAUAAACACACAGCCUCAGUGGAAAAGAGCCAGGUGGGUUUCAUCGACUACAUCGUGCACCCUCUGUGGGAGACCUGGGCCGAUCUGGUCCACCCUGAUGCCCAGGACAUUCUGGACACAUUGGAGGACAACAGGAACUGGUACCAGAGCAUGAUCCCCCAGAGUCCCUCCCCGCCCUUCUACGACCAGGGAACGCACGGACAUGGUGGAGGGACUGGAGGGCAGGGAGGCGGGGAGAAAUUUCAGUUUGAGCUCACAUUGGAGGAGGAGGACUUGGAUGGAAUAGAGAAAGAUGGCGAAGGGGAGGAGGACGAGGAGGAAGAAGAAGAAGAGUUAGAAGAGGAGGAGGACAGUCUAGGAGAUUCUCGUUCUCCUCCCCUGGACUAUUUGGACGGUCAGGAGCUCGAGGAGGGCAGCAUGAUGGAGCCGGCAAUAGAAAUCGUGACGCACGAGGCGUCGCCCACAGACACAUAGGGCUUCCAUCAUCGGGGUCACAUUGUGAUUUGAAAGUUUUUGGCAAAAGAGGGGAGAUCCUCUUGCAGCUGUGCUUUUUAAUAGGCCCACAGAAGCAAGGGCUUAGUUUGGUCCCGCACAGGGGCGUCUUGCACUUGGGUGUUUGAAGCCAGACACGGACGGACAGUUUCAGUGAGGCGGCUUCAGAGUUCUCAGGAAAUAAUUACUGCGAACAUUUUAGUCUUGAUGGACAGGCGAGACUGAGGGUGGAACUUGAAGGAUUUCGGCCAGUUUGGGAAAAUGGUAACUUUUUUUCUGAACUGGCAUUAAAUGGACACUGACACUACUGAGAGAAGUUUUGUACCUUAAGACUUUUUUUUACAGAUAUGAUCUAGAAGUAGCAUAGAGUAAGAUCUACUGAUGGAGACACAUUUGUAUAGCAAGAGAAAGUGUUUACUUUUUUCCUGUACCAUUUGUCAAAGGACUUUUGUGUGCCUUUUUUACUAUUGUCUUUAUAAUAGUUUUUUAUUUAUUGAACACUCUAGUAUGUCUGUGAAAUGUUUUUUUUUUCUUAUCUGAAAGAGCAAAAUCUUUUUUGUAUGUUUAAAAGAGAACAGUCUUCCAUAUAUUGGGCAAUAGAGAAAUCCAAACAAACGUCGACAAACAACUCUUGGACAAACUCAUCUGAAUAGGGAAACAUUAACACCAACAUAAUGCGCACAUUUUGUCACAUUUGUUUUUUAAUCUGAGCACAAUGUUUUACACAUGGAUUUCAAACGCUUAUGUUCACUCAUGGUUCAUACUACAUGUUUAGUUUGUUGCUUUCUAUAUCAGAUAUCAGUCUAUGAAUGUCAUAGUCACACUGAAAUACAUCAUCUAUUUUCAUACUCCAUCUUUCUAUACAUCAUCUUCUCUCUUAUUCUUUCAAACGGUCUGCUGACUAUUAGGGGCUUCCUAUCUUUUCACACCAAAACUUGACUUUUAAUGCAAAUUGCUCAGCGAGGAUAUGAAAUCCUACACUUGCAUCACUAUGAUCAGAUAUUCCUGCUAAAUCUUCAGUGUAAAAGCAUUGGGACAUUUAAUUUGUACGAUUUUAUCUUUUCAUUUUUGCAUCCAGUCGUUGUCUUGGUGUGAAUCAGAGGUUGGUCCAGUUCAAACCUAAAAUCAGAAGAAAUACAAGCAAGUCUAAAAACAAACAGCUCAUGAAAACAUGCUGCUUAGAUCUAUAAUAAAACCAGAUAUGAAGUCUGCCAAGGACGAAAUGCACAACAGUGGUGAAUCUAUUUUUAGCCCACAGGUAUGCUGCAGUCUUAAUAAUCCUGUUAGAUAGAACGGGUCCUGACCCCAGACCUGUCUGAUGUAACCCCCCCCCCCAAUCAGGCCCAGACCAGAUGAUUAAAGGUGCUCUUACAGCUGCCUGUCUGAAAGACGUUCUCAGACCCUCAUCAGCACCACUAUUCACAUGGUUUACAAACCCCUCUGGGCUCCACAGACACGACCCCAAAACAAUCAGGCCGGCUAUUUCUUCCUCACGAUAAAAAAUCCCUCAAGUGCUGCAUCUGCUCAUUGACGUCAAUUGAAUUUUUUUCCUCUCCCCCUCCACUGUAUCAGGUUUCCAGGACAGUUGGGUUAUUAGGAUUGGGCACAGAUGGAAUUGCUGGAUUCAGCAUGGCAGACUGUACCCUUUUGAAAAAAAGUGGAAUAAUUAGGUGCUCUAUUUUUAAAACAGACCAAACAACACCUCUUUUGUUUCUGAAUAUGGUUUGAAAAUGGUGUGCAGACCUCACAUUUCUGCUCCAGUGGCUUCCAUGACAAAGUUUUAUGGAUGUUUCAGCUGCAUAAUCACAUCUUUCCAAUUUCAUAUUGGUUUACCGAUAAACUCAAAAGGUACUUCAUCUAAUUUCACUCCAGCAUGCUUUAGUGGCAAUCUUUUGUGUGCAGUAUGUACGUAUGGAAGGUUUUGUAUGUUUGUGUGUGUGUGUGUGUGUGUGUGUGUGUGUGUGUGUGUUUGGGUGUGCUGACUUUGUCAUCAGGCCUUACCCCCAUCACUCCACACCUUUGUCUCUACUGUUUGUCGCUAGGAGCUCAAGUUGGUCCUUUUUGCUGUUUAUAACAGUGUGUAUUUAUUCUAUACUUUAAGCUUGUAAAUAAGAAAUACUGGUUCAGUGUAAAAUCUAUUUUAAUUUAUAUGCACUUGCAUUACCUGGAAGUGGUGGUGUCUAAUGUGUAGAAGACUCUGGAUUAGAGUCUUUUUUAUAUAUGUAUUAUAUAUUGUUUUUAUAUAUAUAUAUAUAUAUAAAUAUAUCUAAGUAUAUAUUCGCACAAUGUUUUGAGUGCCCAGCAGAGCAGCAGCUAAAGAGAUAUGUUGUUGUUGGCAUAUGAGAACCUUGUAACUCCAAAAUAGCCUUUUUAUUGUCACAAGAAAAUGAAACACUUUAUGUUAAGCUUGUUAUGCAUGAAUAUUAAACCAAAAAUAUUCUCACCUUGGCAUCACUUUGAAAUCUUAAUUCACAUUUUUUUCAUUUCUGAAAAGUUCCUCUCUCUUAAAAUUCAAGCUUAGUUAUACUUCUUAAACAAUAGCUAUUAUUGCACAGAGGACUUUCAGUGCCCUCAUUUUGUUUCUUAGAUCAUUUUCUCUGAUGGAAAACUAUUUUGGCUCAACUGAGUUUCUGAAGCUACAAGGUUUUCAUCUGACCGCAGCAAUUUGGUAACCAGACAUAGAAGACAUGUUAAACUGCAUAGCUUGGAUAUAGGAUACAUGCAAGCUAGCUAAGGAACACAGAAGCUUAGUCAAUGCUCAGUAUCAAAAGUACACAAAUAGCUUAUUUUCUCUUAGCAGCUUGUCAUAACCUAAGCUUCUCCACCCAGCAUUUGAAUGCAGAUUGCUGAUAUGAGGCCAGAUAGAUACAGGUUUCGAUGGACAAACACAAAGUGAUUGUCUCCUUUUACACUUAACGCACUUCAUGUAAAAGUAGGUAACAUGGGGACGGUAUUGGUAGCAUGCUACAAUACGCCCGGCACUGACGUGAAUCGUUCUGAAUUAACAACAAAACAUGGUCGUUAUGUAACUGAUUGUGCUAAUGUGUGAACUCUUUCUGACCAAACUUGUUAGCAGUUUUGAAAUUCAAAUUUGUCAGUAUUAACAUUGUUUAUCUAUGUUCAAGCUUUUUUUGGUCCUAGUUGUGUCCAAAUGGUUAGCCAGAUUUAGCACUAUCUGCAUGAGAGAUGGGUUUUUUUUAUUGUCAAUAAUAUGUUAAAGUCCACCGGUUGGUGGGUUAUUAAAUGUUUCACACAAUGUAUGGUAUUAUAUUGUAUAUUGUGUUCAAAAAAUCUGAAAUACUUUUUCUAUUAAGUGAUUAAAAGCAAAGCAUGAAUAUA